AUGUUGCUUUCACGGUGCGGCAGCUGUGGCACCGGCGCCUACUUGACGGCCCAUAGAAGGAACGCAGAUGGCCGCAGUGCUGCUAGAGUUUCUCUCUGGCCAUGCUCCCACCCGCACAGCCUUGGUGUUUCAGGCUCGUGGCCACUGCGUUGCUCGUCGGUUCACUCUUCUGAGACGGAGGAGCGGCGUGUCACUAAAAAGAGAAGUAAGGAGGAAUGGGAGGCGUUGAAGGCAGAGAUCGCGCACAUGUUCCAACCUCUUGUUCGCAACCUAACCCAGAUUUGUUCAACCCGCCAAGCUUUUGACCUUGAGGACUACCAAAUCGGCAUGCUUUUUGGUGCAUUUCUUGGGUGCGUUGGCUGUUACCAGCUGUGGAAGACGGCUCCUUCGACUUUCGUGGAUGUCACACUAGCUUUCUUGUUCUAUAAGCUCAGCAUUGUAUCCUCGGAUCUACGUCAAAACCGCAAGUCAAACAGCUUGACCACCCGGCUGAAAUUUGGUACCAUUCUUUUCAUGGUUUUGAAGGAUAUCAAGAAAAGCUAUGUCCUCCUGGAUGCUGUUAGGAUGCCAGUUUUCCUGCUAUACAUCUAUGCGUUCCUGUUUGAUGUCGCUGGCGUGAAGAAGUAUGGAAGAAGAGCUCUGAUUUCCCUGGUUAAUUUGCUGAAGAUGAGAGGUGGCCUUCAAGAAAUUCACAGGAUAAUGUGGUCUCCUGGUUACGUUUCUCCCUAUGAAGACGCUUCCGAGUGGUCAGAUGUUUUGAGUGCAUGAGGUGCGAGCAGACCCUCUUAGUUCUCUUUUGGACGGGUGGAGAUAUUUGGAAGCAGUUCUUAAGUAUUUGCACGGAAACGGCUGGUAUAUGAAGGGAUUUGGUAUCGUAGAGUUCCAUGGGCGUAUGCCUCUCGUUCCAGACUCAGGUGAAGCAUUUGUGGUAGUUGUCACUAGUUGGGAAGUUUUGGAGCCUUUGUGUAGUGGUUAUCUGGAAAAGUACUCGUAGUAUAGAUGUAGAAAACGAUCUUCCGUCCACAGCCCGUCUUGAUCGAGAGCCUAAGUAUGCAGAAAAUUGUUCCUAAUGUUCAUGAGGGACUGGCUUAGUGGGGCCUGAGAGUCACCCAACUGAGGAUGUUGGUCCAACAAGAACGUGUGAUCAAAAAAAUUCAUGCAUGCUUUCGAUAGCAUGGUC